AUGGCAUCCGCCAUCUUCGCAAAGCUGAAAUGGCUAUACCGAGAGUUCGGUCUCAAAUCCCUUCGUGACACAGGGAAAGACUCAUGGAUUAUAAUCUUUUCUCGAUGUACCCGCAUGCUAGCCUAUGGCACCAACUCCCUCAUCAUGGCCCUAUUCUUCUCCGCUCUCGAAUUCUCUGAUGAAUACAUUGGACUCUUCAUGACCUUGACUCUGAUCGGCGAUGUCCUGCUCUCCCUCUUACUCACGCUGAUAGCGGAUCGAGUGGGACGCCGACGAGUUCUCACCGCCGGUUCAGUCUUGAUGGUGUUGUCAGGAGCAACAUUUGCUCUGUCUGAUAACUUCUGGCUGUUGCUUUUUGCUGCUGUGGUUGGUGUGAUUAGUGCGACGGGUUCUGACUUUGGGCCUUUCCGAGCCAUUGAGGAAUCUACUCUCUCGCACCUUACGACACCCACGACGAGAUCAGAUGUCCUGUCGUGGUAUGUCACAAUUGCCAGUGUUGGAUCUGCGAUCGGAACGGAAGUUUCUGGACGCAUUGUAGAGUCUUUGCGGGCGAGGGAUGGCUGGGAGUUACUGGAUGCUUAUCAUGCAGUUUUCUGGCUGUAUUCCGCAAUGGGGACGGUGAAUGUCAUUCUCACACUCUUCCUAAGCGACAAGUGUGAGGCAACGAAAGUCUCGGAGAAAGAGCCUGUCGAGGAGUCAGAAAUCUUGCUUGAUGAAAUGGGGGGUCGUGAUUCAGAGGAUGAGGCCAACGAGGACGAUCGGAUGCCCGCUUCGCAACCGAGACAGCCUGAGACAUCCCAUAAAAAAAGUAUGUUCGCCACCAUAUCUAAAGAGACACGCCGCAUCAUGUAUAAACUCUGGUUUCUGCUCGUUGUGGACUCUUUGGCCGAUGGCAUGUGUCCCUAUUCGUUGACGGUUUAUUACAUGGACCGAAAAUUCGAUAACAUCCGCAAGUCAACUCUCGGAGAUAUUCUUUCCAGUGCUUACAUACUCUCCUCCAUCUCCACCAUUUUUGCCGGUCCACUGGCUCGCCGGCUAGGUCUCAUAAAUACAAUGGUGUUCACGCACUUACCGUCCUCUGCAGCUGUUUUGUUCUUUCCCGUAGCGCAAGGAAUCGUAUUGACAGUGAUAUUAUUCUUUUUGCGUGCCGGAUUUAACAAUAUGGAUCAAGCACCGCGUGCAGCAUUUAUUGCCGCUGUUGUGAAACCAGAAGAGCGAACAGCCGUCAUGGGGAUCACCAGUAUGCUGAGGACUUUGGCCGGGGCUGCAGGGCCGAGUGUGACUGGUCUGUUGGCAGGAAGUGACAGGUUUUGGAUUGCUUUUGUGGUUGCGGGGUCCUUGAGAAUCUGUUAUGAUCUUGGCUUAUGGGCUUUAUUCGUAAACAUGAAGCUCUAUGCACACGAAGAAAAUGGGGCGGGAAAGACUGAUACUAUAGCUAGCCAGAGGAAUCUGGCUGAUGAGGAAAGAAACGAUGUUGGAGUUCACUAUGCUGGCGUUGGUCGUCACUGGGUUGAACUGUCUAUUCCCUACCAAAUGCGGAAUCUCAAAUUCCAAACAGGACUUCAGUUCUUGUAUCCUGGUGCCGUUACUUUCCCGAAGCUUUCCAUCGUGUGCUUAUAUCUUCGAAUAUUCACAAAGAAAAGAUACCAAUACGCUGCCUAUGCAAUUUGUGCGAUUCUCGUCAUCAACCUCAUUAUUUUAUGGUGUUUUGAUUUUGCCAUGUGUGUACCGUUCAGGUACCAGUGGAACAAACUCAUCCACGGGCAUUGCAUCGACCAAAAUGCGCUCUUUACUUGGAUCAGCAUCCCGAAUCUUGUAACAGAUGUCGCCAUAUUGGCGUUACCACUUCCAGUCAUAUACCAGUUGAAGUGUACAAGAGGUCAGAAAGUUGGCGUGACUAUUACCGUUUUGACUGGUAGCUUUGGUAUCAUCACAGCGAUUGUGCGCUUCGUCAUCUUUCUGACCGUUCCGCUGGCGAAAGAUUUGAGCUACUACGGUGCACGGGUGACUAUAUGGACCACGGUCGAGCCUGGGGUAUAUCUCAUCGCAGCAUGUUUACCAUCUCUGCGGCCCCUCCUCAACUACUUUAACGUUCCCGUCGAAUCUGUUCGGAGCCGAUGUCGAUCCACCAAGAAAGGCUCCUCUAAAGGUAACAGCGCAGAUAUCGUUUUAUCACCCAGACCUGAUAGCAUAAGUGGACAUCGACCUGUCUUUCCUAGACCAGAAGAUUCACCACCGGCAAUGAAGAAGUUGCAAGCUCUCAUGGGGGAGAUGUUGGAAGCGCCCAUGGUGGAGACGCAGCAAGCGGACAAGCCGUUGAUCAAGCAGUCGGAGAGCAUGGCAAUGGAAACGACACCAGGUGACAAGACGGUUUAG